AUGUCUGAAAGAAAAUGUCAGAAGACAACACAGAUCAAUGAAGAGAAUCGAAUUUUGAAUACAACAACGAUUACUAAAUUUGAGCAUUUACCGAACGAGUUAAUAUUAACUUGUUUUACUUAUUUUGAUUUCUAUCGGUUAUAUGAAAUCUUUUUUGGUUUAAAUCAACAUUUGAAUGAACUUAUUCUAAAUCAAGCAAAAAUUUACAUUAAUUUAUGUUCAAUUCCACAUGGAAAAUUUUUAACAUUUUGUUUUAAAUUAAAUCAAUUAACAACGAUAGGUAAAAAUUAUCCAUUAUCAAUUCAAACUUGGGAUGAAGAUAAAUUUAAUUUAAUUUUGAAUGAUGAUUUUACGAAAGAUAAAUUUUCUAAACUCAAAUCAUUAUCAAUAUCGAAUAUAAAAGUUUCAACUUUAACAGAUAUUUUAUUUGAUGAAACAACAAAAUUAUAUGAAACAUUAGAACGACUAAGUUUAGAGAAUGAGAUUAGUGGAGAAGACUAUGAAAUAGAAGGUAAGUCACAAUCUAACGAGUGA